AUGAGACUUGGGUGUUGGACAACAGAAGUAUAUAUUGUUCUGAUCGAGCCCUUUUUUUUUUCUUUUUUUUUUCUUUUUUAUCGUUAUUCUUCUCAAUUUCGUUCAGUCUUUAGGGGCUACUACUAUACACAGUUGCUCGAAUUACUUACCCUACUGAUCAAAACUCACAACCAUGGCAAGACACAUCGCCGUCAUCGGGUACGUCUCCCAUCCCACACCACAUUUUGUUUUUUUCACCUCACCUCACUAACACAUCCACUACAUAGCUCCGGCGUAACCGGCAUCUCCUCCGCCCUCCUCCUCCUCCGCGCCGGCCACCGAGUCACAAUCAUCGCAAAAGACUUCCCCGCCCCGUUUGAGACAAUCGACCCAAUCACCCAGAUCAACUACACCUCCCCCUGGGGCGGCGCCCCAGUAUUCGAACACCCCCUCUCCAUCACCACCUUCUCCCACAUGAAGUCCCUCUUUGCAUCCCACCCAACCACCGCGGGGAUAACCUUCCUCAAAGGAGUCGAAUACCUCGAAUCCCCGGGACCAGAGUACUUAUCCCUCACCCCCGCCACCGCAGCAUCCCUCCAACUCCCUGGAUUCCGCCUCCUCCCCCAGUCGGAAUUCCCCGACCAGAAAGUGAAAUGGGGGUGCGAGUACGAGACCUACUGCGUCAACCCAAUGGUUUACUUAUCUUUUCUGCUGAGGAGGUUUGUUCACCGAGGGGGGAGGGUGCUGAAACAUGCGCUGAGGUCCCCGGUGGAGGUUUUCGCUCUGUCGGAGAGAUCAACCCCUUCCCUAAAAAACGGGGGGGUAGACGCCGUGGUUAACGCCUCCGGGUUCGGGUUCGGGGGGGAUGAAAAUAUGUUUAUCACACGGGGGCAGACAGUUCUCGUCGCGGAAGAGUGCGACGCUACCGUCACCCGACAAAAUGCCGACGGUUCGUGGACUUUCUGCGUGCCGAGGGGGUUUGAAGGGGGGACGGUGAUUGGGGGGACGAAGGAGGUUGAUGAUUGGGGGGUGGAACCCAGGCCGGAGACAAGAGAAAAACUGUUGGAGAUGUUCAAGGGGACGUGUCCUCGGAUACUAAAUGGGAAGGGGGAGUUUACCGUCAUGGGGGAUAUUGUUGGACGACGGCCUAGUAGGAGGGGUGGGCCGAGGAUUGAUGGGGAGAUGCUGGAAGGAGGGAAGGGGUUUGUGAUGCAUGCUUAUGGGUUGGGGGGGAGGGGAUAUGAGCUUUCUUGGGGGGUGGCCGAGAGGGUGGUGGAGGGGGUGGAGGGGUAUUUUAGGGGGUUGAGGGGGGAGAGUAAGAUUUGA